AAAAAGAAAGGAGGGGAGGCUGUCAUGGGGCCAGAAUAUCCUAUGGAAUCGUGCCUCACUGUCUCGACGCGUGUGUUCCUCCAAAUAACGAAGAUCCUGAAACCGAAGAACGUAGAUUUGGAGUUGGUAACGACAGACAUUGCAGAUGUAAAAAGUACCCUAAGUAGGGUACCAUCGACAUCAUUGAUUACAUCUCCCGGAUGCGAAUUACGGUUUUAUAACAUCCUUCCGAACCCAUCCGAAGAUAAUAUCUUGCAUACUGUGUUUUUCGACUUUGAAGUGGUAAAGGCUGCUCCAUUGCUUAUCACUGAUGCUGUUUGCGAGAUCACCGACGAGCAAUUAAUUCAUCUCAGAGCGUCCCGGCUUUAUCUGGAAGCGCACAGGAUUUUGGAAAAAGGCAUCAAUGAGCUGAUUCUGGUACGCUUUCUGAGCGAUUAUGCAGCCUGA